AUUUCGGGCUGGAGGGUAAUGCUGCCGUCGCCAAGCAACAUGAGGGCCACAUCUACGUGCAUGCCAACAACGUCACCCAUGGCGUGGUUGGUAAGUACCGCUUCCCUGAGCAGGAUGGCACCACCAAGCGGACUACCUAUACCUGGGACUUUGGCAAUAUGGCUGGAGUUAAGUACUCGUACGAUAAUGUGUGCGGUAAUUACAAGAGUCAGUAUGACCAGACUUGGAUGCAUGGACUUUACGAGCUCUCCUACAACUUUAUGAGCUGGGCUUAUAAUAGCGAACCGGCUGAUAGC